AUGAUACUUCAGCGUUCGAGUGCCUGGUGGCACACGUUAGCAUGGCUCGUCAUUUGCUCAGUCUUUACAUGCUCCAAGGCCGCCCGCUGCGCGCCGCCCCCAAUCGCUGUCCCCUUCGGCAACGUGACACUAUCCAGCAAUAACAUCAGGCGAGGCGUUGAGGUAUCAGUCGGAACUCCGCCGCAGCAGUUCGCCUUCAUGCCCGCAUGGUCAGCGAGCAGGACCGUAAACAACACAUAUCUCUAUGGGACGGAUGGCCAUUGCGGUGGGUGGGAGCCCGGUUUCACCAGGGUGGGAUGCACGACUCUUCGGGGCGGCGCCUACGAUAGCUCAAAGUCCGAAUCCCCGAAAACCCCUCCGAGGGAUUCGUAUCCAUCCGACCCUGCCCCAUUCAACCAGAUGGAGUAUGUCGCCGAGACUCUGAAGCUGAACAGCGACACUUCGGUGCUCGACUUUCCCAUGGGCGUGGCCACCGAUGACCUCGGCAAGCAAGCUUACUACCCCCAGAUGACUCUUGGGCUGGGUUCGAACUCGACGCUUCUCAACGCUCUGAAAGCGUCAGGAAAGAUUGCUUCUAGGACCUUUAGCUUCUUUGCCGGCCGAUUCGGGCGCAUCCCGUCGGGCCACGUGGACGGCGCCGUCGCCUUUGGUGGCUACGACAAAGCCAAGGUCACCGGGCGGGGACACACGUUCCCUUUCUCAAGAGGGAGCGUUGGAUGCGAGAGCGACAUGGUUGUCAGCAUCAGUGAUAUCGAGCUCAACUUCCCGGACGGCACAGACAUGAGCCUAUUCGAGGGCUCUCGGUCGCAAUCCAUUACAACCUGCAUUUCGCCAAGCCUUCCCGUCUUUAUGAACAUGCCGUUGAGGCCCUACGUCGAGAAGAUGCUCGCACUGUCCAACGAGUCGCUCACCAUCUUUGAUCUGCAACGCUCCACGGGGUUAAACUUCUGGAAUCUGCGGUAUCUUCCUGGUUAUACACCUUACAACGGCGACAUGACCAUCAAGUUCGUGUCCGGCCUCUCCGUCCGCGUCCCCAACGACCUCCUGGUCGUGCCCGAAACCGACAUCGACCGCAGCACCGGCGUCAUCAAGACGGACCCUUCCGGGCCCAACCUCCUCAUCAACUCGAUGCAGGACAUCAACAGCAACGACAUGGCCGCGCUCGGCACCACCUUCCUCUCGGCCGCCUAUCUGAUGGUCAACCAGGACACCGACCGCUUCACGCUGUGGGCGGCCAACCCGACCACCGAGUCCGACCUGGUGGCCGUCGACGAGACCGGCGCCGACGUCACGGCCACCACCUGCACCGCCAGCGCCAGCGCGACGCCUUCGUCCCGCGGCGGCAGCGGCGGCGACGGCGACGGCGGGGAGGGUACUUCUGAUUCCGGCGGCGGCAGCAGCGAAUCCGCUUCGCCGAACGCGCCUUCCCCGCAGGAGGGCUCGUCGGUGCCGGCCGCGCUUCCCACGGGUCUCAUUGCCGGCGUGGCGGUGGGCGCGGUCGUCGCGGGGGGCCUGAUCGCCGCGGCCGUGUUCUGGUUGCUGAGGAGGCGGAAGAAGAAGGCGGCGGCGGCCGCCGCCGCCGCCACCGCCGCCUCGGCCACGGACGGAAGCUGGAACAGCGGCGACCAAGACGAGAAGAUUGCUUAUGUUCCCGUCAAUGAAGCGCCUGGUGAUGUGCUGGGACAUGUACAGCACGAGGUCCACGGCAACUCGUUCUCGGCGGAAAUGCCGGCGUCGGCGGUACGGUUGCAUCAACACUCGUUCUCGGCGGAAAUGCCGGCGUCACCGGCACCGUUGCAUCACACCCCGGGAGCGCGGUCCCCGCCUGAGUGGCAUGAAUUGGCGUAG